ACAGCACCUGCGCUACGAACAGCAGUCGCAUGGUAGCUAGGCACCACCUAGUUCUGUCCAUUGAUCGGACGAGUAGAAAAGGGUUGGAAUUCGCCGUCGGAGGUGACGACGGCGGGGAGAUCUGAUGCGAGCCGGGCGGUGGCUGCCGGCAAUGGCGUAGUGGAAGCCCGAGCCCUAGCGGUGACACCUUGUUUUCUUCCGCAUCAGGCCUCCCGUGGCGAUUGCCCUGCAGAUCCGCGUUGUUCUGCUUGGAGGUGAGGGCGUCGACGGCCAAUGAUGCACGCCAGCACCGCUUCUCAGCCCUCCGACACGGUGGCCUUCGCCGAAAUCGACGACCCAGACGCUCCCAGGGUUUACCAGGUCUGGAAGGGCAACAACAUAUUUCUUCGAGAAGGAAGGGUUAUUUUUGGACCUGAUGCAAGAUCGCUAUUUCUCACCAUUUUCCUCAUUGUGGCACCUGUCUCCAUGUUCUGUGCAUUUGUUGCCAGAAAACUGAUGGAUGAUUUCUCACAUAACUUGGGAAUAUCGGUAAUGAUAUUGGCUGUUGCUUUCACGUUAUAUGUGAGUGCCAAUAGCUCCUUUUAUUCAGUUUUCUAGUAGUUGCUUAUGUUGAAUAGAAUGUAAAGAAUGCUAUGUUUAUGUUGAUUGUGAAGAACAAGACUAUAUUUGCAUAGGAUAUAAUGAAAAGAACAACAUUAUAAUUUGUGAUGAAA